UGGUCUCGUAUUUUGUUUCAUCAAAAUCACCUAAUUCUCUCUUUCUGUGUUCUGUUCUGUUCAGUUCUUGUUUUUCAUUCUUCACUUUUCAGCAAGAAACAGAAGCCCUCUCUAAUGGCUGGCGAUCUUGUUUUUACCCCUGAAGAAAUGGUGAUUGAUCAUGGAUUGGGAUACCCAAAAGCCUAUUCGAAUCUCUGUAAAGAUCGGAGUUUUGGUCCUUUCAGCCGUGGCCCUCCUUUCACUUUCACUCCCUAUGCUUUACCACAACAUGAGGUUUUGAGAGCCAAGGAAUUGGAUGACAUGUUCCCCAUCAUUGAUCCGAAUGCACAACCCAAUACAAAGCCCAAGAUUUUUGUGUCUCUUUUGUGGAAGCAACUCAACCACCUGGGAAAUGCAGGAUUUGAUCCUGAAGUAUUUCGAGUAGACGCAUACGGCAAUGUUCUGUAUUAUCAUGCUGAUUCUGCUUCACCUCUAGCAUGGGAAAUUGAUCACUGGUUUCCUUGCUCCAGAGGAGGACUAACUGCUCCAAGCAAUCUGAGAAUAAUGCAGUGGCAAGCAUGCAAGAACAAGAAUAAUAAGCUGGAAUUUCUUAUACCCUGGUGGGAUCUGCAAGUUGGAAUAUCAAUAAACCAGUUUUUGUCCAUCUUUUCUAUAUCGAAUUCAGAUUUCAGGCGUAGAGCAUUUUCUUGGUUGUUCUCUGAAGGUGAAAAUGAAGAACUUAACGCCUCACAAACUGUUGAUUCACAUGUUUUUCCUCAACAUUUUGUUGAAUCAAAAGAAAAGAUUGGCCUCGCUCCAGCAGCUGUUGUUCUAUCUCGAAGGGAGUCUUUUGAUUCUUCCUCAACUCUGAGAUCAUUGGAUAUCAAUAGAAGACCAAGAUCAAACACUCCUAUUGUAGCUUGUAAAAGAUCAAAAACGGAUCUGAAAGAAAAUGAAGAUCCAGGGAUGGUAACCAAUCCAUACCAGGCUAUUGUGAUAGCUAGAGAUUCUUUGAGACACAGAGAAGAGACAGCAAAGAUGCAGGCAGAAAUACAGAGAUUAGAUGAUGAAGUGGGUGAAUUAAAGCAGAAGACUGAAGAGGAGAAAGCAGCAGCACAAGAUUUGGAGCUAAUCCUAACAAAGAAAAGAAGGAGAGCAGAGAAGUGUCGACGACUAGCUGAGGCACAAUCUUCUUAUAGAGCUAUGCUAGAGAAGAUGAUUCGAGAUGCCAUGCACCAGAGUAUUGUGUAUAAAGAACAAGUGAGGUUGAAUCAGGCAGCAGCUAACACCCUUAUGGCAGAAGCUCAAAGAGCAAUUUGUGAUUCUGCAGAGAGAGACCUACACAGGAGAUUCAAACAGAGAGAUGAACUCGAGCAACAGAUAAGACCUGAGUGGGACCAAACAAGAAAAAGAUCUAGGAUGGAUGAAUUUCCGGAUGAAGAGGGAGGAGAUGAGAAGACUCUUCUCUUUCUGCCUAGCAGCUGCUCGGGGGCAGAAUUAGAGAACGAUGAUAAGAGAGUUCUAUGCUUGCCCAAGAUGGAUCCCAAGGACAGUAUGCAUAAGGAGUUAAGAAUAUUUUUGGAGGAAGAGCAGAAAGCAUACGAGGAUAGACUAUCUCUAAAUGGAGGAAAACAGAAAGAAACUCAUCACAGAAUCAGCAUGGGACUGCCAUCUGAACACAGCAACAAGACUAUUGUGCAGGCAAAGGAUGAGGAUCCAGCAGAAGAGAAGGUUCAAAAUUUAGAAAUACAAGAAGAAGGGAUAACAUACAACCCCGGGUUUCCCAUUUUUCAUGAAACUGAAAGAGAGGAGGAGGAGGAUGAAGAUAGCAGAAAGCAACGUGGGAAAGGAAAUAUUGAAAAAUGGCUUCAGUUGCUUCUGGACAACUCUCAAGAACCUACCAACAUUCAGACUGCUGAGGAGAAUGAUAGUGGUACGAGAACUCUUAAUGCAGGAGAAGAAGAUAAAACUGAUGAGAUUGAUGGCACAAUAACAAAGCUGAAUUUCAAAUAUCCACAAAAGGAGAUGAAGAUAUCUAAACCUGAGGAGACAGGAUUAGUUGAGGAUGUGAAACAGUCACAGAAGGUGCAAAAUAGAACGGAAGCUGUCCAAAAUCAAGUAGGAACAAAACGAGAGGAAGUUGUCGAAAUGAAAGGAAGGAGAUCUAACAGCUGUGAAAGAACUGAAAGGAAGAGUGAGAAGGAAAAGGAAAGGGAACUCUUGAGGUCGGACAGUGCUAGGUUGUUUAGGCGUAUCCCGUCCUCCCCAUCUCUCCUCUUGAGUGGCAUGAAAAAGAGAGUGGAUUGCAUAAGGAAGAAGCCCUCAGUAGUUGGUGAUGAUAGUGAUGAAGGACAGGUAGGAGGUAACGGCUUCAUAAGGUCAUCCAUCAAAACAAUCAAGAGAGCAGUGAAGAUGUAGGACCUGGAUAUAGAACUAAGUUUUUCAUAUUACCACCAAAAUGAGUGUGAAUGGUGCUUUGUGCUUGAUUUCUUUGUACAAUAGUGUACUCUAUUAUUCUUUUUGAAAGAUUUGUAAUAACAGCUAGUUGUUUGACAAAAAGAUCUCUAAUAAAGUGGUUAUAUUGAACAAUUUUAAGAAGAGUAGUUUGCUGGUCAGAUACCACAAGGCUAAGCAA